AUGGAGCGGUCACUGAAAGAUAAAAAAAUAGUUUUCGUCAAAAAUUGGUUUUUUGAUAUAUUGCCAAGUGUUAAUCCUUGGUCUAGCGAUGUUAUUCAAUUCAACACGGUUUAUGAUGCAUCUAUGUUUGAAUGGAGAUUGAGCAUAGUCAGAGACUUCCCGGAACCACUAGCUGUACCAUUUGGAAUUAUUCGUAACAGCAAUGUUCAGUUGAACUUGGAGCCUUGCAUAUCAACCUUGUCGAUAAAGAGUCAAUAUUCCAUAAAAUGCAUAUUCGGGUUACGAGUAGAAGAGCCAAACACAACAAAAGUAUUGUUCUUUUCAACAUCUCAUGAAACAGAAGAGCAAAAAGUAAACGAUGAUUUCGCAGGUUUCCAUAUACCCCAAGAUAGUCCGUUUGGAGAUAACUUGAAUAGAGUUUUCUCGCAACCGUGUCAUAGACUUAAAACUUGCCAUAUCACAGUGACCAUGAUCAUGAACAAAUCUGAUUAUGAAAUACAAAAUAGUUUCGCUGACAUCCCUCUGUUGUCAGCUGAUGGCAAAGAUUUUCGUUUCAAUACCAUAAAUAACAAAUCGAGGCAAGAUUUCACUAUCAAGACGAUGAAGGACGGAGAGUCGUACAAGGCAUCUCGAGAAGCCCUCUACAUCUGCUCUUCAUAUUUUCGUCAAAAGAUAAUGGAAGAAGGAGUUAUUAAGGACGAGAUUGAGUUAGACACUUCGAUUGAAGCACUUAAAACGACAGUGAUCUAUGCCUUGACAGGAACGUUUUCGCCACCAGAUCAACUCACAAUUGAACUUGCUAACGAAAUAUUAAACUUAUCCGAGCAGUUAUCUGUUAUGAAUAGAAGAGACUUGAAGCGAGUGAUUGAACGAGUGGCUUCAGAAGAGCUACAGAAGAACAAAAUGAAUUUAGAAAUAGUACUCGAAUGGUUAUUAACGGCUCGCGAUAUGCGACUGUCACGUCUAGAGAAUGCUGCUUCUGCUAUGAUUCUUCAAUUGCACUUCUUAGAUUUGUUGGAAAAAUAUGAGGAUAACGUGGAGAACGGAAGCAGAUCGAGCUUGCAUACCCGAUUACAUCACAGUCAACGAAUUUUUAGAACCUCCGCCUACCUUAAAUUACUUCAUUUGAAAAGGAAUUCACAAAGUGUUCAUUGUAUAGAAUAUUCAUGA